CAUUAAAAAACCAAUGAUUUAUAGUAUAUUAGAAAUGCUCCUAUAUGGCUAUAUUUAUGACGGUGGCCAAGUCAAUGAUAUGGGAAACAAGCUCCCAACUCUUGCAACAGGGAGGUGGAAGAAUGUUGCCAAAUGCUACUCAAACUCAUAUGUUCAUGUGACCAUGAGCCAUCUACUUAUGAUCUUGCUGAAAGCUCCAUGCAACAAUAGUGGCCUAAAACCUUUGAUUUUUUUUUUAUGAUGUUGGGAAUUUUAAGGAUCACUGGUGAAGUUCGUGAGGGACACACUACAAGCUAUGAUAUCUCUUUCUCGAUUGUUGAAUGAUGGCCCGUCUGUUAUUAGUGGACGAUUUCAUUCUAAUUGGUGAGUCACGGUGAAAAUGUUUGAUCGUUAGUUUUAAUGGUCAACUCAAAUUUUGGACUAAAUCUAUUCCUAAUUUUCAAAAUUGAUCACCACUACAAGAAAACUUACUUUUAGGGACACAUAAUUAGAAGCAAUUGCUAUAUUAGCCUCUAAAGAUAAGCAUUUGAGACUAUUAAAUUAUUUGAUUCUAUUAAUAGAAUUAUUUUCUAUUGUAUUGAUAAUCGGUUUUAAUAUAUCGGAUUCUUGAGGUUUAUGUGUGAUGACUCGAUAUUUGCACAUGUUUUCCCCUUUGUUUCUUGAUUGUUUGAGCUUGAAUUAUCGUGUCUUUGGCCUAUUUUACGCUAGGUUGUGUUCCUUUGUCACAUUUCAGGUCCUAGCACAUAAAGUGAAGCAUAGGCGCAAGUUUCAAGUCAAUCAGAGAUCAAUUGACGAUUCGGGAGAAGAAACUCGGGUAUGACCUGAAGAAGAAUGGAUUUAUACCUCACUUUAUGGACAAAGAAUCAUCUAAGCUUGUCAUGAAAAGAAAGAGGACGAGACUACAAGCGUCUGGAAUCAAACGGCGACUGAUUCAGAGUCCGGACGAGGGAGAAACGAAGCAUUAAACAGAGGAUGAGCAAGCCACACGGGCACAACCCACACGGCCGUGUGACCUGGCCAUGUGGCCGUGUGGAAAUCACCGAGCCUUCACACGGGCAGCUGGGAAAGCCACACGGCCGUGUGGCCUGGCCGUGUGAGUCGGGAAUUGCUGUUUAAAACCCGAUUUUCAGCAAAAGGAAAGGGGGAGAGCUGGGUUUUGGAUCCCAAACACCCAAGGGACGAACCCUAGAGAGAGAGAGCGACUUGGGAACAUUCUUGGAGCUAUUUUGGAGGAUUUCUUCGCCUUUGGAGCUCGGGAAUCAAGCUUGGAGAUGGAGAUUGAAGAUCUAGAUCAUAUUUCUGCAGUCUCUCUCUUCUCUAUGGAGUAACUUCCCUUCACUUAGGUUUUGAGGAACCUUAGUUCCAUGAGUUAGGAUCUUUCUUAUAUGAAGUUUUGGAUGCUAUAUUGUUUGAUUAUAAUCGAAUGAUGCAUGUUUAUUGAGUCAAUUGAAGUCUGAUCAACUUUUCCUGAUUCCUGCUGCAAUCUGAGAUAGAUAGAAUCUGAUUAGGUUGCUAGAGUCUCAUCAUUCGGUAGUAGGAGAUUGGCUAUACGAGAGUUAGCCAGUUUACUGCUUUGUACUGGAAUCCAAUUCCAGUAGUGGAGUUAUGUGCUUAUUGCUUCAGCUUUCUAUCCUGGUGAAGACUAGUCGUCUGCCGGAUAGUUAGACUGAGAGGGCUUGGUCAGCUUAAGAGAUUCCAAGCUACUGUCGGAUCUUCCGCAGUUUAAUCAACAGUAAAUCAACCAAAAGGAAUUACAACUUGGACCUAAUUGAGGAGCUAGGGGUAAUCAUACCUAAGUGAGUUCCCAAACUGUAAUUAGUAGUUUUACUUAGUUUAGUUAGUAGAGUAGUUUAGUUAAUCAAUCCUUAAUCUAGUUUGCUAGAUAAUGAACUGAAGCUGAGUAAUAGUAACUCUAGAGACCCGUGGAUACGAUAUUUAUUACUUGUGCCACUAUACUGCAGUCCCUUUCAUUGGUUACACUUGGCCAUUUUUAGGUGUUGUGUUUUAGAGCAUCAAGUUUUUGGCGGCGUUGCCGGGGACUUUCUAGAUUAUUAGGAAAGGCAGAAGUUUGUUACUUUAGCGUUUUUUUCUUUUCUUUUCCACCCUUGCUUUUCACUUGGGUGUUUUUGUUUUUGUUGGUGCAGAUCUGAAUCAUGGAUCCUAAUGGCUUCUCCAAUCAUUGGGGGUAUCCACCACCAUCCGGGUGGUAUUACCCCGCAACUCCCUACAGCAAUCAAGGAGGAGAAGACUAUGGAUUCGGGUUCCAGUACCAACCCCCUUACUACGGAGAACAAUCAGACCCCUGGGCAUAUCAAGAACAACCUCAUUACCAAGAAGACUUUCUCCCACAACCAGAAGGGCCAUCGGAGCUGGAGUUACCCAUGGCAGCCUUCACGGGCCACUCUGCAGAGCCAUGCUACACUUCACUGGAGGAUCCGAACGAACAAUUAAGGCUUCUCGUGGAGCAGUUUGCUCGAGACACUGAGAAAUCAUGCUCCAAGAUGGAUAUUCAAAUCAAAGCCCUUGCCACUUACGAUCCCUCAUUUCUCCAUGAUAUGGAGGAGACUGUUCAGCGCUCAGCGAAGCAAACAGAGUGGGUGAAGCAAGUUUGCUCACAUCUUGCUCAAGAUCACCUUUCUGCUGCCACGCUAGAAGAGGUGGAGGAUGACAAAGGCUAUGGGAGCGUUGAGGAGCAUACAGAAGUUAUCACAGAGAACUCCCAUGAUAACCAUGAUCAGGAAAGUCCUUUGGUUGCAGACCACACCUUUCCUCAUUUAUGCUCUAACAUGCUGGGCCCGUGCGAGGAGAUGCAAGAUGAUCCCAUUGAAGAAAUUGCUUGGCGACUUGCUCUCCAAUUUGAUCUAGAAGAAGAAGAGCGAGCAAGGAUGAGGAAGGAAGUUGUGGAUGAUGAGGAAGAAAGAAAAGAAGAGGUGGUUCUUGAUCUUUUCCCAGGGGAGAGACCACAUUUUGAAGAAGGAAGGGGGGUUGAGGAAGCAAUUGGCGUCCAGGCUGAGGAUGAAGUUGAGGUGGAAGAGGCAUGCACCGGCCAUGAGUUGCAAGUAAUAUCCCCACCAAACUUUGAGGAACUGCUUGGCAAGGACCCAUUUGCAGUGUCUCUUUGCCAGACCAAGGCCACAUCGACAUCGGUCCCUCUUGGUGGACGCGAUGGUGGUCGGUCGAUGCUGUCAUAUCUGGUUUGGGGCAAUGAGAUGAGAGAAGAGAAGAAGAGGUCUCGAGGGUGGAGACUUCAUCUGCAUCAAGUACAUGAGCCUUCAUCACCUGCCACACCACAUGAUCGUGACUUGAGACUCCACCUCAUCGACGAGAACCUCAACUUCAAGGAGGUUCUAGCAUGGACCGAAACUUAGGAGCCAUCGUCCGGCUCACGACGUGAAAGAAGCGCUUGUUGGGAGGCAACCCAACCAGUCGGUUUGCAUUUCUUUCUCUAUUUCUCCUCGGUUGAGUCAGUUUUGUUAUUUGAUUUUAGAGUCAACCUUUGUGAGAUUUUGUGUGGUGUUUGUGUUCUGAUUACUCUCUCUUCCUGGAAUGCACUGCCUGACCCGUACAUCAUCAUUCACCCUUGAUCUGGUAACUUCGUUCUACCCUCCUUAUCUUUCCUCCAUUGAGGACAAUGUCGUGCUUAAGUGUGGGGGGGGUGUUCGAUUAUGUAUGCGGGUGAAUGUUUGGCUGUUUGUGUGCUUGGAGCCUAGUUCACUGUCCAAAUUUUUAAAUUUGAGGGCUCCAAGUAUGUGUUUCCUUGCAAAUUGCCUGCUCAGUAUGCUUUGAAUUGACAGUCUCUAUAGUAAUGUGCAACCUAGGGAGGUAGUGUAGCACUAUGGAGGAUGUUGAAGUAUAAGAUUUUUCCUAUCUAGCUCUCUGUUGUGCCAGUUGAUUUUGUGAAUUAGUGGAGCUAAGACCGUUGAAUUCAUGUGGUAAUGGUGACUCUGUUUGGAUUAUGUUAUGGACUCGUGUAUCGAACAGGGUGCUCAUAUGGAAAAUGGGAAGCAGUUGGUCCUCCAUGUCAAAAUCAUUAAAUCUUAAACAUGGGG